AACACUCCUGAUACAUCCUUACAUAGUGAUUUAUCGAAGCAACGGCUAAAAGAUGGAGUAGUGUAUUAUGAAGGUUUACUUCUUGAAAGUGAUUUAAUUGCAAAAACAUCUUCUGACACUCUAUCUGAAGAUGCUAUGUUGAUUGGUAGAGAAUUAUAUGAUAAUACGUUAGAUAUGUUAAAUAAAAAGAAGUUCGUAAGCGAUCAAGAAUUGAUUCAUGCUUAAGAAGAAUGCCCAGACGGAAAUUUUGAAGCAGUAGAAGAUAAUUCAGUUGAUGACUAUGUUCCAGAUGAAAAAAAAAAAAACAAAAAAUGAUGGAUUAUAUUCCUCUGGAAUAUAAAAUUAAAGUUUUAAACAUAGCAAAAGCUCACCCUUCAUGGAAACUAGAGACAUUACAAAAAAAUGGAUGUAGUCAUUUGAAGAGAAUGGAUCAUUUGAAAGUAUGGGAAAAAGAUGUUGAACAUGGUGGAACUAAAUUUGAUAAAUAUCAUGUGAUUGAUUCUUGGACGUAUGACCGCUUCGUCGAGGCAAGACAAAAUUAUCAACAAGUGACUACACGAAAUUUGCAGCAAUGGGCUUUAGCUGCAGCCAGCCAGUUUCCUAAUCUUCAAUUUACAGCGUCCGACCCAUGGGUAAAAAAAUUUAAACAAAGACACAACAUUCGUCAACGCAAAAUUACAAAAUUUGUAACAGACAAAGAAGUUCACACCAUGCCAGAAAUUAUCGCCUCUGCAGAAAUGUUUCGCAUUCAAACAAAACAAUUGAUAUCUAACUUCGAUAGUGACUUCGUUAUUAAUACAGAUCAAACAGAUUUUUUAAAAUUCAUAUUUUCAGGAUGUCAAUACCAAUCAAUGUUUAAUAGGACACUGACGGAAAAAGGAAGCAAAACAGUGUUUGCAAAAGUACAAGACAUGACCAAGGUGUCACACUCAUAUACUGCACAAUAUAGCAUAACAUUAUCUGGAAAAUUACUAUCACAUGUUUUUAUUUGUUUGCAAGAGCCUACAGGUGAUUUUGGGCCAAGAAUAAAGAAAAACGUAGAAGAAUAUUUAAAAAAAUACAAAAAUGUUAUUGUCACAUCAUCAAAAUCAGGAAAACUGACAACUACUCUCUAUAAAAAUUUUCUAGAGAAAUGUUUAAUGCCAUAUGUUCAAAAAAAUAAAUUUCUUUUAAUUAUUGACUCGUGGACAGGACAAGUGAAGCCAGAAUUAUAUGAUGAAAUAUUUCAGGAUGAUAAAAAAAUGCCUACAUGCACAUUUAAAGUUAUACCUCCAAAAUGUACUCCGUUAGUUCAACCAUGUGAUGUCUAUUUCUGUAGACAAGUGAAAAAUUUUAUCAAACGAUUGCAAAGUACCGCUGAACUUCUAGACAAGAAUUAUGAAAUUCAUUCCCGAGAGGAUUGCAUAAAAAUUCAUUCGAUUAUUCAUCACCAAUUGUCAGCGCCAAUAUUUCGAGACAUGAUGGAAUAUACCUGGUUCGCCAGCGGGCUUUGUGACACAAGAAAUUUUUUUACUAAUGUUAAUGAUGGGUGUUUCUCAUUAGACCGUUUAAAAAUACCGUGUCAUUGUAAAAAAGCAGCAUUUAUUUGUUGUUCUUGGUGUAGAAAAACUUUUUGUUUUGAAUGUUUUUAUCAUAAGUAUCACUCAGGAUCAUGUAAUAAUAUCUCAUAAUACGUAAUUAUAAAAUAUUGCUUUAAUUAAUUAAAAAAAUGUAUAAUUUUCCAUUUAAUUUUCGACUUAUUAUUUGU